AUGAGGCUAGAGCAGCCAAGAUGGUAUUCGAAUUCAACAACCGACUCAUCCGCUGCCUCUGCCAGCGCAAAAUCAACGCCGUCAACGCAAUCGAGCACGACCACUUCCAGUCUAGCUAAGAAAAAGGAGUCUGCCGGGGGUAAAUUCAACCUCUAUGGCGAUGAUUGGGAAGAUUCCGUCGACUUCGCAAUCAAGUCCUUUGAGGAUCUUCCCCACCGGUUAUUCGGUGUCAACCAGCACAUGAUCAUUAAUUACGAACUCAAAGAAGCGCUACGCAUAAUGCUCCGGCAAUUCAAUGCGCCGAUCGUGUACUGUUUUGCAUACGGAUCUGGUGUUUUUCCCCAAGACGACAUCAGCCGCAGCAUCACCGAGGCCGAGUUUCGAGCCGUCCAUCCGAAGCCACCGGAAGCAUUAGUCAAGGCGCAAAAGGGAUCGCCCAAGAUGAUCGAUUUCAUAUUUGGCGUCAGCCACACACAGCAUUGGCACUCGAUAAACAUCCGACAACACCGCGACCACUACUCGGGAAUUGCUUCUCUUGGGUCCGGUCUGGUGUCGAGGGUCCAAAACUGGGGCGCGGGUGUAUACUUUAAUCCAUAUGUUGAAGUGAAUGGCAUGUUGAUCAAAUACGGCGUUACCAGCAUAGACAAUUUGGUUAAGGACUUGUCAACUUGGGACAACCUGUACCUUGCAGGCCGGCUGCAAAAACCCGUCAAAAUUCUCCGCGACCACCCUCAGGUCCGGCUCGCCAACCAGCACAACCUCAUUGCUGCAGUCCGCACGGCCCUGCUUCUUUUACCUCCUCAAUUCACUGAAACCGACCUGUACAGUACUAUCGCCGGCCUGAGUUACAUGGGUGAUCCUCGCAUGGCAUUACCUACAGAGAACAAGAGCAAGGUCGCCAAUAUUGUCAACAACAACGUCGUACACUUUCGACGGCUCUACGCGCCGCUCAUCAAAACUCUCCCCAACGUAAACUUCACAGCUUCUUGCCGCCUGGAUGACGAGGAUUGGGUGCUAGACCCCACGGCAGACAGCGUGCUCCAGCAAGACAUGGAUCCCAUCAAGCGAGGGAACAUGGUCCGCCGGCUGCCCAAGAACUUCCGGUCCAGGCUGUAUUUCCAGUAUCAGAAGAAGUUCUCUAUACCUCGCGAAGAGUACAAUCAGAUGAUGGCGGCGACCGCCGAUGACGAAAGCACAUCCAUUAAACGCCGACGAGGUGGUGAGUUCGAAAAGCGCAUUGUUUCCGAUGACCCUCAGGAACUCCGCAAAAUCGUUAGCCAAGUGAUUAAGCAAACUGUCAACUGGCCCAGCACUACACAGUCCAUCAAGGGUUCCAUAAUGGGCGGAUGGGCCAGGACAUGGCGUUAUCUGGGAGAGAAAUUUUCCAAGUGGAGGGAGGGAAAGGCCCAGGGGAAGGGGUCUGCGAAGCAAGGAAGUGACAGCAUUAAAGAAAAAGAUGGAAAGGAUGGGGAGCAAAAAACAGAAUAA